AUGGCAUGGAACUGGGAUGUAGACUACCUCUCUUAUAUGUCAUUGGAAAAACUAAUUUUGAAUGAGGGAUAUGCUAGCAUUAAAUGUCUUCAUUACUGGCACCCCAAGUAUAGUUUUUCUAGGUGUUUAAGACCCCUUAAUUGUGAUGCUGAUGUAGUUAAGUUUGUUGAGGAUGUUAAGGGUUUUGAUUUGGUUGAUGUAUAUGUAGAGCAUUCAGUUGAGGAACCUGAAUUGGUUGAUGAAGCUGAACUUGGACAAGAUUUUCAUGGGGAAGAUGAUGAUGUUGUUAGUGUAGAUUUUGUGAAUGCUGAAGAAGUACAACAAUCAAAUGUUGGGAAUGAUGAAGAGGUACAACAAGGAAAUGAUGUUGAUGCUGAAGAGAUGCAACAAGGAAAUGAUGUUGAUGCUGAAGAGAUGCAUCAAGGAAAUGAUGCUGAUAAUGAAUAUGAAGAUCCUGACUUUGUAGGGGCUGAAAGUGAUAAUGAAAGUAGUGAGUAUGAAUGUGAUGAAGAGUCCAUUGACUUGGAUUUGACCAUAAUAUGCCAAACUCCUAACAAGCCAUGUGCUCAAGAAGAAGUCUGUGAUUCUGAUCAACUACACACACCUCCAGAAAGGGGAGAUGAUGUUGAACAUGAGAAAUAUCCAACUUAUAGAAGUGGUGAGGGAGUCAACUUUCAAUUAGGAAUGGUUUUUAACAUCAAAAGUAUAGUAGGGGAAGCAGUUAGGGAGUAUGGAAUGGAGAAGAAUAAGAAUAUAUUCAUAAAAAAGAAUGAUGCAAAAAGAAUGGUAAUUCUUUGCAUGGAAAGGUGUAAGUUUUACAUGAGGAUUAACAAGAGGGUUGGGAACCAAUUUUGGCAAGUUGCGAGCCUAAUUGAUGAACAUACAUGCUACAGGACUCCAAACAAUUGGCAGGCAAAAACAGAAUGGUUGGCCAAAAAAUUUACACAGAUUCUUAGGCAUAACCCUGACAUGAAACCUGCUGGGUUGAUUGCUGAAAGUGUUGAGAGAUGGGGUGUGAAGUUGUCCCAUGAUCAGGCAUAUAGAGCCAAAAUAAGGGCAAUUGAUUUAAUCCAAGGAGCUGGUAUGGAUCAGUUUUCCCACUUAAGGAGUUAUGCACAAGAUUUGCUAAAAUCAAACCCUGGUAGCAAUGUUGUGUUGCAGUGUUCUGACUCUUCUGAAGGUACUGUAUUUGAGAGAAUUUAUGUUUGCUUAGAGGCCUGCAUCUAUGGUUUUGGAAAGUUUUGUAGACCAUUCAUAGGAUUGGAUGCUUGUUUCUUGAAAGGGGACUUUGGAGGGCAAUUGGUAGCAGCUGUUGGGAGGGAUGGGAAUAACCAAAUAUUUCUUAUUGCAUAUGUUGUUGUUUAA